AUGGCGACGACUCCUCAGAGCUCAAGCAAGGAAAUGAUGAAGAAUAAGAAUGUCGCCGGGGGCCAGCUCGCAAUGCACUCUAAAGAUCCUCCGACCGGCUUCUUUCGCGAUGGAUACUGCAGGACUGGACCUGAAGACAAAGGCAAUCAUUCGGUCGCAGCCACAGUGAACCAAGAGUUUCUGGACUUUACAAAUUCAAGAGGAAACAACCUGAGAGAGGCGGGAGUCAAGGAUGGAAUGAAGUGGUGUCUCUGUGCACACCGGUGGAAGGAAGCAUUCGACGCCGCGCAAAAGGGACAAAUAUCACAAUCGGCAGUGCCACGAGUGCAUCUCCACGCCUCUCACGAGAGUGCCCUGAACACUGUCAAGUAUGGAGAUUUGAGCAAGUAUGCCAUGAGCGGAGAAGCUCCGAAGGAAUCGACCAGAAACCGACAGAGCGCCCACAGUGAUCCGGAGCAGCCUUCACACGGGGUCGCCAGGGAGACGACAGAGCUGAGUGGUAGGGCGGAGCCAGGGAGAGUCGGGGGAUAG